AUGCUCAUGUUGCGAAAUCUAGUCACUUCAUUGUUUGAGCAUGAACAAAUCAAGACUACUUUGCCCAAAGCUCGUGAUACAGCCAGACUAGCUGAGAAGAUCAUCACCAUGGGCAAAAAGGGCGACAAUGGCGCGCGCAAUCGUGCCUCCGCCUUCUUGCUUAAACCUACAGUACUGACGAAGCUUUUUUCUACGUUUGCUCAACGAUACGCGGAGCGACCAGGUGGAUACACGCGAAUACAUAAGUUUGGUAACCGACAAGGAGACAAUGCCCCACAUGCUAUUCUGGAACUCGUCGACAAUCCACGGGACUUGAAAUGGGAAAUGACUUCGAGAGCCGUCGGGUGGGAACUGUUAAAGGACAAACUGCGUACUUCCAGCCCCGAUCAACUCUUGAACGAGGGAGGGGAUAAAGCUCUGCAAGUUCUUCGAUCAGAACGCAAUAUGAGCGUUGAAGAGAAAGGUGUACUGCGAUCGACGACCAGGUGGAACGUACAAAAGAUUCUCCGCUACAGAGAUCAAAAUGCAAUUACCGAGUUGAGCAAAAAAGCGUCGAACUACGCGGAUGAAUUGCUUGCUACUCCUUUGGCCUACAAAUCCGUUCAUGAAGAUUUGAAGGAACACAAUCGUUUUGCACCUCCACCGCGCCGUCGUGCUGGCGACAGACGUAUUGGCGAAGAGCGACCCGCACUCGUCGUAGCACGCGGCGCUCUCGCGCCAGGUUUCAAAACACGAACAAAAUCACCUGUAUACACCAUGGAAAAUGCUCUGACAGAAGGGUUCAAACAAGAACGUGCUUAG